AUGGGAAUUUUCUCAUACUACAAAGAAGAAGCACAAGAACCACUCAUAAAAUCUAUAGAGAAAGCCCAAGAUAAUUCAUCUUCUUCUUCUCCAAAAGAAGAAGAAGAAAAGAAUAAGUUGAUAAUACCAAACAAAGCCAAUGGACUUGACAUGGAAAAUUAUACAUGGGGUCAAUCACUUGAAGAAGUUACCAUAAAUAUCAAAUUACCACGUGGUGAAAGUGAAAAUUAUUUUACUGUAGCAAUUGAGAAUAGUAAUUCUCUCAAAGUUGGACGACAUCUUCAACCAUUUAUAAUAGAUGGUCAACUUUUCAAGGAAAUUAAAGCUGAUAAAUGGAGUUGGUAUUUUUCUAGUAAAGAAGAAAUUUGUAUUAUUCUUCCUAAGAAAAAUAAGAAUUGGUGGAAAAGUUUGUUGAAAGGUGGUCCAGAAAUUGACACACAAAAUUUUGAGGAUAAAUGGAGGAUUUUGACAGGAAAACUAUGGCAGCCGUGGAAAAGAUGUAUUUUUGGCUAG